UCAUAAAAGAAGUCAAAGUCUUCCUCCAAUUCCAAAGCUACUUCAGGAAAGUCAAAGUCUUCCGCAAAAGUUGGCCACACACAUAACGUCAGUAAAUAUUCUUUGUCAACUUGAGAUUAUUAAAAAUAAAGACUUGGGAAGAGUUAGUAACAUCAAACCAGAAAUUCUCAAUGUUGAUGUUCUCCACAGCAUGUUUCACUGUCAUGAUGAUGAUGAUGAUGAUGAUGGUAAUGCUAGUAUCAGUGAAGGUGAAUGGGUAUAGAAGUUGCAUUGAAAGUGAAAGGAAAGGAUUGUUGGAGCUCAAUGAAUAUGUCAACAACAACACCGAUUUUCCAUAUGAUUGGUCUAAUGCUACGAACAGCGACUGUUGCAGAUGGGAAAGAGUCAAGUGUGAUCUUACCAGCGGGCGUGUGAUUGGCAUCUCCAUGGAUUUUACAGACAAACCUCCGCCUCUACUAAAUCUUUCCUUGUUCCAUCCCUUUGGAGAAUUACGGAUUCUAAAUUUAAGUUUUUGUUCGAGUCCCUGGUUCGAUGAUAUCUAUGGUUAUAAAAGCCUCGGGAGGUUGAAAAAACUUGAGGUCCUUGAUCUUAGCAACAACUACAUGAAUAACAGUGUCUUACCCUUUUUGAAUGCUGCUUCAUCGCUUAAGACUUUGAUUCUUCAGGGAAACAAUUUAGACUGGACUUUUCUGUUGAAAGAACUGAAAAGCUUGAGAAACCUAGAAGUGCUGGAUCUAAGCAUGAAUCAAUUUAAUGGCCCAGUGACAGGCUUUGCGGAUUUUCAUAACCUUCAAGGCUUGGACUUGAGCAAUAACGAUUUUUCCGGAUCAUUGCAAAACACAGAGCUUUGUCAAUUGAAGAAUUUGCUGGCGCUCGAUCUGAGUGAAAACAAAUUCAUAGGUCCACUUCCUCACUGUUUAGUGAAUUUGACCCAACUCCAAGUUCUUGAUAUCUCUUCAAACCAAUUCAAUGGGACGCUUCCAUCUGCUAUCAGAAAUCUUCAUUCAAUUGAGUACUUAUCUCUCUCAGAUAAUGAGUUCGAGGGUUUCUUCUCUUUCGAGUUAAUCGCCAACCUCUCAAAGCUCAAGGUGUUCAAACUUUCAUCAAGAUCUAGUUUGCUACGGGUUAAAACGGAAAUCUUAUGGCAACCGAGGUUUCAGUUGAGUGUCCUAGAAUUACAGAAUUGCAACUUGGAAACACUUCCAAGCUUUCUUCAACACCAGAAGGAUUUGAGUGUAAUCAAACUCUCAAACAACAAGAUGACUGGAGAGUUUCCCUCUUGGUUUCUGGAGCAAUUCCCAAAACUUUGGCUUUUGCUUUUGCAGAACAACUCUUUCACCAUGUUUCAGUUGCCAAGACUACUACUUAACCACACUUUGCAGAUUUUGGAUGUAUCAACCAAUAGUUUUGAUCAACGGCUUCCUGAUAAUAUCGGAAACGUGCUUCCAAAUCUACAACACUUAAAUCUCUCGCACAAUGGGUUUCAAGGGAAGUUGCCAUCUUCCUUCGGUGAGAUGAGAAUGAUCGAUUUCUUGGACAUAUCUCAUAAUAACUUAUCUGGCACUCUACCAAAGGAAUUUCUCAUCGGUUGUUCUUCGUUGGUUAUCUUGAAGCUAUCUUACAACAGAUUCCGGGGCCAAAUUUUCCCAAAACGUACAAGUUUUGAGAAGUUAUACGUACUGGUUGCGAAUAACAAUCUAUUCACUGAUAUCGAAGAUGGAUUGCGUCAUUCGAAGUACCUAUCUGUGCUUGACAUGUCGAAUAAUAAUCUACAAGGUGUCAUUCCAAGUUGGUUGGGCGAGUUUCGUUUCUUGCAUCUUUCCGUGUCGAACAAUCUAUUGGAAGGUAUCCCACCAAGCAACCUUUUCAACAUAACAAACCUUAAAAUAUUGGACCUCUCUAGGAACAAGUUUUCAGGAAACUUGCCUUCACAUUUCAAUGGUGAGAACAUGAGUCUCUUGUACCUGCACGAUAACGAGUUCACUGGGACGAUUCCAAGUACAUUGAUAAAAGAUGUAUUGGUGCUGGAUCUGCGAAACAACAAAUUAUCCGGGACUAUCCCUUGCUUUGUCAAGAACCCAAUCAUCCUCUCUCUUUUGUUGAGGGGUAAUGCAUUAACGGGUCAUAUUCCUACUGAUCUGUGCGGUCUAAGAAGCAUUAGGAUCUUGGAUAUUGCCAACAACAGACUGAAUGGGUCUAUACCAUCAUGUCUCAACAACAUAUCAUUUGGAAGGAGCUUAGGCUAUGAGUUUUCAUACGAUUUAGGAUCUUUUUCAUUCGGUGACGAAUCACUGGGUGUGCAUUCUAGGUUGUUGAUUUUACCACGUGAGUUCUCUCGAAGCCAGCCCGACGAUUUAGCGUUCAUAGUUGAAUUUUCAUCAAAGAGUAGGUAUGAUUCUUACACUGGAGGAGGAAGUUUCGACUAUAUGUUUGGACUGGAUUUGUCAAGUAAUGAACUUAGUGGUGAUAUCCCAAUAGAGUUGGGAGAUCUUCAGAGAAUACGUGCUUUGAAUCUGUCUCACAAUUUCUUGUCAGGUCUAAUACCUAAAAGCUUCUCCAAUCUAACAGAUAUAGAGAGCCUUGAUCUUUCCUUCAACGUGUUGCAUGGACCGAUACCUCAAGACCUAACCAAGUUAGACUAUGUGGUUGUAUUCAAUGUGUCCUACAACAACCUGUCAGGCUCCAUUCCAAGUCAAGGCAAAUUUUUGACCUUGGAUGAAACCAACUUCUUGGGUAAUCCACUUCUUUGUGGAUCAGCCAUAAAUACAAGUUGUGAUGAUAACAAGAGCACUAACGGCGGGUUCCUUGAACUCGAUUCUCAAAACGGAGAUGAGGAAACAACAGUUGAUAUGGAGAUUUUCUACUGGAGCCUCGCAGCCACAUACGGUGUAACAUGGAUGACAUUUAUUGUGUUUCUUUGUUUUGAUUCACCUUGGCGCCGAGCAUGGUUUCGCCUUGUUGAUGCUUUUAUCAGUUUUUUUAAAUGUGUUUGAUUUGGUGUAUUUCCAUUGGUAUUUGGACUACAUGUAAUGUUGUUUCAGUUUGUAAGAUUUUUGAGAGUUCCAAAGUCUGUUAUACAAUAUUUGAUAUAUCUUUUG